UUAAACAGAACUUGGCUGGUGCUCUCAGUGGCAAAGCCAAGCAACAAACUCAGUAAAGGGUUAACGCCAGCCGCUUGUGCUGCUGCUGCCUUCCCUCUAAUUGUGCUCUUCUCCUGCCAGGCGGAAGUUGGAGCAAGCAGUUCAAGUUCAAGGCUUCCCUGUGUGCAUGCGGAUGAAUUUUCAGCUCAGCGGAGGUCAGGAGGCGGCCGGAGCAGGGAGGGUCCGGUGGGCAGCGAGCAAACCCCCCUCGCCGGAGCUACAAGGAUGGCUCAAGCCUCCGAGUGCCGAAAUUCCCACCUCUAUUACUACAGCGUCAAAUUUGCUUUGUCCACCUAUGCCACCCUCUUCUCGAUCCUCGGCCUCGUGAUCCUCUGUGUUGGGAUUUACGCCGAAGUGGAGAGGCAAAAGCACAAAACCUUGGAAGGGAUCUUCCUGGCUCCAGCCAUUAUCCUCCUCCUGCUGGGCUUCACCAUGUUCGUCGUCUCCUUUGUGGGCAUGGUGGGAAGCCUGAGGGACAACCGGACUCUGCUGAAGAUGUUCUUCUGGGUCCUUCUGGCAAUCUUCCUCACAGAACUGCUGCUGAUAUUCAUCGAAAUUAUCUUUGAAAACAAGAUGAAUGCAGUUUUCCAUGCCAACAUCCAGGAGGGCAUCCGGCACUAUUAUGAUGACCUUGACUUCAAGAACAUCUUGGAUUUUGUACAAGAAAAGUUUUCAUGCUGUGGUGGCGAUGAAUACCGAGACUGGGAGGUUAACCUGUACCACUCCUGCAACAGCAGCGGGCCGCUGGCGUGUGGUGUGCCCUACACGUGCUGCAUCAGGAAGGUCCCUGGAGAAGUCAUUAACACCCUGUGUGGGUACAGGACGCUUGAGAAAGAGCGCCUGGAGCUGCUCAACAUCAUCCACGUGCGAGGCUGCAUCCACGCUGUUGGUCUCUGGCUCAAAGACAACUUUGAGGCCACAUUGGGCAUCGUUUGUUCCCUGCUGCUUCCUCAGGAUGUCAAGAGCCCAUUACAGGAGCAGCCUGUUGCGUUACCCAUUAACCUGCCAACAUGAUGCUCUUAACUGGGAAGGAUGGGGAGAAAAACCAGAGAUGGCAAUGGAGAUUGCUGAGCCUUGAUGAAUAUCAAGUGCUUUUGAGCAAGCGUUGUGAUUUUUCUGGUGUGCCAUUAAAUGCUCUUCAGUUUAAAAAUGCUGUUCUUCCAUCUGCUCAAAAUUUCCAGGUUUUAAAUAUAAAUCAGAUUUGAUUCUGUCAAGUUUUGGAGGGAAUUAAGUUAUAAAUGGCCAUCAGUGUUGCCAGGAGCUGUCAACCCAGAAGCAGCUUCAUCCCCAGCAGCUGCCAACAGGAUAAUGUCCUUGAAUUGCUGAUUGAAGAGGGAAGGUGCUGGUGCUGUUGGUGUGGGGAGGUGACAGUGGCUUGAACUUUGGGAAGAGUAAAUCAUAGAAUCAUUGAAUCAUUAAGGUUUGAAAAGACCUCAUCCAGUCCAACUGACAGCACAGCCCCACCAUGCCUGCUAAACCCUGUCCCAAAAUGACAAGGCCACACAUAUUUUGAACCCCUCCAGAGGUGGAGACUCCACCACUGCCCGCGGCAGCCUGGUCCAGGGCUUCAUCACUUUGUCAGUAGAUAAUUUUUUUCUAAUAUCCACUCUAAACCUCGGUGUGACUUGAGGUCAUUCCCUCUCAUCCCACCCCUUGUUACUUGGGAGAAGAGUCCAGCACCCACCUCGCCACAACUCAAUUUCUGGGAGCUGCAGAAAGCGAUGUCUCCCCUCAGCCUCUUCCUCUCCAGACUAAAUGAACUAGUUCCCUCAGCUACUCCUCAUAAAAGUUGUUCUCCAGCCCCUUCCCCAACUCCGUCCCCUCCUCUGGAUGCGCUCCAGCCCCUCAACGUCUUUCUUGGAGUGAGGGGCCCAAAACUGAACACAAGAUUUGAGGUGCAGCCUUGUCAGUGCCACAUCCAGGGGGACAAUUGUGUCCCUGCUCCUCCUGGCCACACCAUGGCUGAUCCAAACCAGGUACUGUUGGCCUUCUUGGCCACCUGAGCACGUAUUGGUCUGUCCUAUAUUAGCCCUUGGGUAUAUGUCAUGUCUCACAGAUGACAUAUGCCUCCCUACAGAGCUGCAAACCACCUUGCAGAAUGCUGGGAAAGGAUUGGGAUGAUGAUCCAUAUUCCAAGUCCAGCUGUGGAAUUUGCCCAGUUUUCUUGAAAGUGUUGCUUUUCCUUAGGAUUAAACCUCGGUCUUGUAUGUGAUGAUGAGCAGCUCAAGGGCUCAAAUGUUGGGGGUUUGAGCUCGUCUGACAUUGGAGUGCCCAAGCUUUGUGUUUGUAUUUGGGGUAAGCAACUGGCUCUUCUUGUGUAGGAGGAAGGACCCAAGAACAGCUUUGGCACCCCUGUAAAGAGUGGGCCACAAAGAUGAUCCGAGGGCUGGAACACCUCCUGCACGAGGACGGGCUGAGAGAGUUGGGGUUGUUCAGCCUGGAGAAGAGAAGGCUCUGGGGAGACCUUAGAGCAGCUUCCAGUACUGAAAGGGGCUCCAGGAAAGCUGGGGAGGGGCUCUUGUUCAGGAGGUGCAGGGAUAGGAUGAGGGGAACGGUUUAGAGCUGCAAGGGGGAGAUUGAGAUGAGAUCUUAGGAAGAAAUGUUUUGCUGUGAGGGUGGGGAGGCCCUGGCCCAGGUUGCCCAGAGCAGUGGUGGCUGCCCCAUCCCUGGAGAGAUUCAAGGCCAGGUUGGAUGGGGCUUGGAGCCCCUGAUCCAGUGGGAGAUGUCCCUGCCCAUGGCACAGGGUGGAUCUGGUUGAUCUUUGAAGUCUCUUCCAACCCGAACCAUUCUAAGAUUCUAUCAGCCUGCUCAAAUGUGGGAAACCAUCCAGUUUUGGCUUUCCAUCGUGUGGGAAGUCAUUGAAUUUAUUGUUUUCUCUGCUCUUCCCAAAGAAUCUGAGCAGGAGGUCCAAGGUCAGAGGGUGGGCAGCUUGGCUCUGCUUUCUCACGUGUGUGGGCGUCUGUCUAAUCGCCUUCAGGCAAAGCUGUCAAUCUGCUGAGUCCUGUUGGGUGUUGAACUGAUUGAAUGGAUGAAGAGGCAGGGAAAAAUCCAGCCUCUCUCCUGGCCGGCGCAAGGCAGAGGGAGUUUGUGGUUUUCUGAUUGCUGUUAAAUCAUUCAUGUCUCUGCUUUUUUUAAAGUAAGCCAUCAAGAAAUCGGAAAACAAAACCCCGUUUGAGGAGCGAGGAAGUGUUUGUGUUCAUCUCCCUUCAUUCAGAGUGAAGCAUAAAUGCAGGAACUUAAUUACUUUUCUGCCUUUACUGAGUACCUUUAAGUCUUUUUGUGUUUCACUCUCCGUUAACAAUUCUCACCCUUCUUCUCAGCCAAGGUGCAGACCGAGGCCAAACUGUGCUAUGUUUCAGACCGCCCUCAAGAAGACGUUUUAAUUUAGUUGCUGGCAGUGAAUGGCAAAUUCAUGUUGUGGCCUUGUACUGGUUUUGUUUAAUUAUGGAGCAAGGCCAGAUCUUUCAGCAAGCGCAGCAAAGCACAUCAAUUUAUUUCAUACUGGCUGCAUCCCUACUUUCCCUGCCUCCAAAAAGAUAAUCCAAGGAAUUUACAGCAGGACCUCCAGGAAAGCUGGGGAGGGGCUCUUGAUCAGGAGGGGCAGGGAUAGGGCGAGAGGGAAUGGUUUUCAGCUGAAAGAGGCGAGGUUGAGAUGAGAUUUUAGGAAGGAAUGUUGCCAUGAGGGUGGGGAGGCCCUGGCCCAGGUUGCCCAGAGCAGUGGUGGCUGCCCCAUCCCUGGAGGGGUUCCAGGUCAGGUUGUAUGGGUCUUUGAGCCCCUGAUCCAGUGGGAGGUGUCCCUUCCAUGAAAGGGGUUUGGAACUGGAUGGGCUUUGAGGUCCCUUCCAACUCAAACCAUUCUAUGAUGCUAUAAAAUACAUUUGUGGUUAAAAUAAGCCAAAUAAACUUAUGCAUUGCUUUUUCCCCUUUUCCAUGCCCUGGAGCUCUUUCGGCAGCUCUUAUAUUCACCUUAGGAAAAGCAUCUCCAACUUUUCCAUUCCUAUGUCUAUUCAGGGGAUGUCUUCUGGUGGUAUUUCAUCCUCCUUAGCAAGGUGAAAACAGCCAUUGUAAUCAGCUAGAAACAAACACAAAAGAAAGCUCUUCAACCUAUUUUUCUCCAUCCUGAAGAAGAAGGUGGCACAAAUCCAAUAAAAAAAUAAAGAAAUAUCUGCAAGUUGACUGCCAAGAGUUAAUAUUUAUCAACUUUGUGGCACAACUGACUCGCAGUAUAUUGUCGCUUCCUUCAUUUUUCUUUGCUGUUUCAUCAGUCUCCAAAGGUAGAUGCUCCCUCCUAAGAGUAUGAAUCCAGAAGAUCAACUAUUUCAGUCCUCAAAAAUGCAGCAUUUGUCUUGCAUUGGGCAUUCUGAAGGUGGGGAGGCCCUGACCCAGGUUGCCCAGAGCAGUGGUGGCUGCCCCAUCCCUGGAGGUAUUCAAGGCCAGGUUGGAUGGGGCUUGGAACAACCGGAUCCAUGGGGAGGUGUCCCUGCCCAUGGCAGGGCAUGGAACUGGAUGGACCUUAUGGUUCCUUCCAACUCAACCCAUUCCACAAUUCUGUGAUUUUGCAGGUUGGCAUCUUCAUCCCUUGAUGACAGUAAUGUUAAAUGUUUCCCUAUGUUGAGGGCUUUAUAUUGCCAAAGUUCUCUUUGCAAGAUUAAUUUGUAUUUUGUUUUAUUUUUAAUAUCUUGGUUGCUCCAGGGCAUGGAAGGCAGUAGAUUCUCAAGCGGCUAACAUGUGCUUAAUGCAGUAGAAAGGGAAUAAAAGGGAUUUUUCCAUCUGCAGUCCAAGACCUCUAGGAGAGGCUGGUCUAUAAAUAUCAAUUUAUGGAAGGAAAAGCCAAUAAAAGUUAAAUGCUUGCCUUUUACUUGAUUAGCUCUGGCAAAGCUUGAAAUGAUUCAACUCUUCUGUUUAGCAUGAACCAGCUUUAUAGCUGCCCAAAUGGACAGGGGCCUCUGGAGCCAGGCACCCACUGGCACAGCAGCCGGUGAUGUUUGCAUGGAAAAGAGUUUUCUUGCGGAAAGCUUUGCUUGCAGAAGACCCUUGCUGGGCUGAUAGAUUCAUUUCUCCAUGGCCAGAGUUCGUUUUGUCAGGAUGAUGAUGCAGCAGGAUAUUGUUAAUCACUCUGUCACACUGCGAGGGCUCUUGAGAAUCAUUUCGUUACUGUUUUCCAUCCUUGAUUUUCACCCUUGUUAAGUAAAAGCCAAAUCGAGCCUUGCAUGUUUGAUUGCCCAGCAAGAUGCGACUGGAGGAGCUGAGCUCCUCUUGAGUGCUCUGCAAGGGCCCAAACCGCAACCUUUCCCCCCCAAACUGAGCCACUGAUCGCAUGAAGGUGGAGCCACUGUGGGACAGUGAGCAAACUGAGGCUUGGCAAGGAUGGAGCUGAGCACCAAAGAACCUCUUAGUAAACUUCAUGGCACCUAUGUGAGAGACAGAAAUACAUGGCUUAUGUCUAGCAGAAAGCUCCACGCUGCACCAGAACCACAGAAAUGAGAGUGUAGCCUCAAAUAUACCUAUAUAUUUAAAUUCUCUGAGUGCUGGAAGAGAAGGAAUAACCACUAGUUGUGUUAAAGUACCCAAGAGUCUGUAGGACAAGUCUCAUCAGGAACAGCUAAGGGACCUGGGGCUGCUUAAUCUGGAGAACAGGAGGCUGAGGGGAGACCUCUUCGCUCUCUGCAGCUCCCUGAAAGGAGAUUGCAGCGAGGUGGGCGCUGGGCUCUGCUCCCGAGUGACAGGGGAUAGGACAAGAAGAAAUGGCCUCAACUUGCACCAGGGGAGGUUCAAAUUGUAUAUUAAGAGAAAUUUCUUUACUGACAACCCGGUGAAGCACUGGACCAGGCUGCCCAGGGUGGAGGUGGAGUCUCCUUCCUUGGAAAUGUUCAAAAAAUGUGCAAACAUGAUGGUAUGGGACGUGGUUCCGUCAGCAUGGUUGUGUUGGGCUGGUGGUUGGACUGGAUGAGCUUAGAGGUCUUUUCCAACGUUAAUGAUUCUUUCAUCCUAAGACUUCUAUAUUAAUAUAGUUUUGUCCUGUGAUGGUGGUAACAAAUUGGUGACUGGGACCAAUGCUGUCUUGUUUUAAAAAUGUCUUUGUUGGCUGCUGCCAGCUCCAAGGGGAAAGAGGGCUGUAGGCUGUGAGGGAGAGAGAAGUGUUGAUCCUAAGAAGUGCAAUAUUAAGGUUUAUCUGAGUUGGAGAACCAGGAUGCUUCAUUACCACCAUAAAAAAAAAGAGUGGAGAAAAAGGGCUGAAGCUACUGGCGCAUGUAUUUCCAAUCUUUUUUGGAUACCUCAUUUCAUACAAAGAUGAUUCUUCUUGCUUUGUGGCAAUAGCAGUGGAUGAAGUGAGGUGUUUGCUAUAUCGGGGCAAGAAUUAUUGAAUUUCUGGAGCGAUAAGUUGGGAAAAGCAGAGGAUGGGGUCCUUGCACAGCUGGGCAAGGCAACACCCAUAAGCUUAAUCACCCUACAGCACCCAGGCAUAAUUAGUGUCAAUGUUCUGAGCUGGCUAGAGAUAAUUGCAAGUUCAGGAACAAAAUAAAGGAGGUUUUAAUUUGCUGUUUGAGAUUUUGUUCGUUUGUAUAGAGAAAACUCAAGGGUCUUCCAUUAGCAGGGACUUGUGGACACCCACGGGAACCUUCUGGGAUUAAGUGAGCAUUUUUAAUUGGGGCUUACAACAGAAAAACAAUCAGGCUGCCCUUGCCUGGCUGCGUGCCCCCACGUGGUUUUGCUGGGGCAGGAAUUUCCCUCUCCCAAGGAUCCACAGGGACAGCAGAAAUAGAACUGAAGGGGUUGAUUAAGCAGCACAGGAGGACAGAAAAAGCUUCAACUGGUGAAUAGAUUUUAUUCCCCCACCUCCCAGGUGGCUCCUAGGCAUCAUGCAGCCCCCGGGAGUCUGACAAAACCCUUGAGCAUUUGUACUUUGGAUUUGGAACAUUUUUUUUCCUCUCUCUCUGAUGAAAAUAAAUGUCUGCAUGCAGCUGGGAUGGGUGAGAUGGGAGGAUCUAUGGAUCACCUUGGCUGACAGCAGCGCCCUGCUCACCCUUUGGCUCAUUGAAAAUGAAGAUCUGGAAGUUCCUUACCCAAAUUGGAUGGGUUUGGGGUAUAUUUCACCUGUAGCUUUUCAGGGGCGUCCCAAGGUGCUGCCAAAUGGAGAUGAAGGUCUUCAGCUGCAGCUUGUCCUUAGUAAAAAUUGCAGUUUGUAUCAGCUCAAGGUCACUGGGAGGAGCCAGAGAGGUGGGAAAUGGCAGCAGACAUCUGCCCCCUGGUCUGCUUUGCUGUACAUUCAGAUAUUUCACUUUUUCUUCCAAAAAAAAAGGCAAUAGGCUAUCUCCUUCCUGCAACAUUGUGUACUUAGGGGGUUAAAAUAUAAUAACCCAUGUAUCUGCAUGGUCCUCGUGAUUAUCAUCGCUCCUAAUGGUGAUGCUUUGGUUUGGAAGACUUUCUUUUCCUGACUCAUGGCCCCAGAGCGGAGAGAGAGGUGAGCAGGGAGGAAAACCUGUGUUGAGGGAAGGAUGCAGGUAGGAUAUGCCCAUGUGAGCCUUUGCACAUCCCGGAUGGGUGUCUGGAUGGAGAAGCAAGGCAGGGAUUCUCAAAUCAUGUUGUCUAGGGGGUGUU